CAGGGCCUAGGCGGCCGCUGUUUCCGGGGAACGCCGCCGAUAACAAAGCGAUAAGGUAGUCCAGUCCCCGUAAAGUUUUACGUCUUGGCCUGGAUCCAAACCAAACAACAACACCCUGAGCCUCAUACACUCUCUCUAUUGGCCUCCCCAGCACCAGCUCACAGCGCAGUCUAGGAUCUCGAAAAUGUCUGCAGAUGACCAGGCAUUUCUGGACGUGCUGUCGUCCCUGCCCAACGACAUCCAACGCUACUCGUCCGAUGUCGCCGGCUACAUCGACAAACAUGUCGAGCAGAUAGCCGACUCGAUACGAGACGCCCUCGCUUCCUCGCCCUGGGUGCCAGAGUCGCUGCGACCGCCGCCACCGCCGCCACCGCCGCCUGCCUUUGCCAUGACGUCGUCGUCGACUUUGGAGAGCCUUCAGGCAUGGUUUUCGCGGCACAAGUUCAUCACGGCCGUCGUGGUCCUGGCUACUGGCACUGUGGUCUACCGCUCAUACAGGAGCAGCGUGCUGCGUCGCAAGACGCGCCGUGCCAGACGGUCUCGGGACGGCGGCCGCGUUGAGGUGGUGGUGGUGGCCGGAUCCCCCGCCCUGCCCUUGACACGAUCUCUGUCGUUGGACCUCGAGAGGAAAGGCUUCAUCGUCUUUGUCGUGUCCAACGGCCCCGAGGACGAUGUUCUGAUCCAGAGCCUGGCGCGGCAGGAUAUCAAAUCCCUGUCCAUGGACAUUACUGAUCCUCCGAGUGCUGGUGGAACCAUCGAGCGCUUUGCGAGCUAUCUCCAGUCACAACAUGUUGCAAUUCCCCAGGGCAAACGGCACCAUCUCUCGCUAAAAGGCGUGAUACUUAUUCCCUCGCUCAACUACCAAACCUCACCCAUCGCCACCAUACCCCCCUCAAGUUUCGCAGACUUGUUUAACACCCACCUCCUGCAACCCAUCCUCACGAUCCAGGCCUUCCUCCCCCUCCUGACCGCCCGCCUGGGCCCAUCGCCUAGCGAGAAACUAAACCCCAAAGUACUCGUCCUCACCCCUUCCAUCAUCUCAUCCAUCAACCCCCCUUUUCACGCCCCAGAGGCCACAAUAUGCUCGGCCCUAUCGGCCUUUACCGAGGUGCUGGCGGCCGAGCUGCGGCCGCUCGCCAUUCCUGUGAUCCACCUCCAGCUCGGCACCUUUGACUUCUCUAGCUUUGCGCCGGCGCGGAGCGGUAGCAGCACCGGCCAGCGGUUUCAGACGACGACGUGGCCCGACUCGGUGCGGCACACGUACGGCAGGAACUUUGUGAACCAAUCGGGCUCGGCCAUCAGCACAGGGCGCAUCGGCGGGCUACGGGGCAGUUCCCUGCGGGACCUGCACAACGCCGUAUUCGACGUGCUCGACGGCUCCGACACGAGCGCCACGGUGCGCGUCGGCCUCGGGUCCAGCGUCUACGGGUUCGUGGGCCGCUUCGUGCCGCGUGGCCUCGUCGCCUGGAUGAUGGGCAUCCGCAAGGUGGACGAGCUCGCCGCCUGGCAGUCGAGCGGCCCCAACAGCCUACACAAUAGCCCGCGCAGCCCACGGUCCAUCAUGGGCAGCGGCGAGAGCGAGACGGGCGGCGACGAGAACCACGAGUCGUUUGUUGCCGUGCCGGAGCAUCACGUCGGCGAAUCGCAUGUGUGGAAGGAAGGCUGAGAGCGGCAAGUCUGGUGCUACCGCCUGGAGGCCCGAGAAAAACUCCACUUGCUCGACGCAUUUUGUUGACAUGGGUGCCGCGUAAAGACGCCGUGUUGGAUAUGUCGAGUUUUGAACCAUCACUACUCCGUGUACUAGUUUUAGCUUAUUGACGAUUUGCAUGAAAUAUGUAAUGCAUGAUUGGCAAAUAAUUCACCUAUA